CACACACGGUGAUAUAUCAAAAAGUAGAUAAAAAGAUCUGCCAUUCUACCUUUCCAUCGAGAAAGGUUUGCUUUUCGGAGCGAAAGAGGGAGAAGCAAAAAUAGUCGUGCAACAUGGGAAAGGCGAUAGUGCGAGUGACAAGUGGGAACAAGCCAUUAUCAAAACGCCGAGCUCGUCAACCCCCAACGACGACCUCGAGCCGUAGAAACAAGAGCAUCGAAAACAGCAACUACGAAUUUUUUCCCGUCCUACCGAGACUAAGCUUCAACCACCGUGAGCAAGGCCGUGGCAAUGAGACAGUCGAGGUGGCAAGAGAGAACACAGAACCGAAAUGCAGUUACAGAUCCAAGGACUUGGGACUAAUGGUUUUGAAUCCAAGGGAAGCUGCCGAGAUCGAUGAUCCAGGAAAUCCUAUUGGGAACUCGGUCAACUUCUGUGUCGAUAAUAUCUUUUCCAUCAAUACCGCGACCAUCGACAUAUCCACCCUUCUCCAAUCGUGUUACCGGAUUGAUGUUGGGGAUGUGAUGGUGAAUUUUUUCCUCUGUGACUACUCUGGCGGAGCAUCACCGAAGACGGUAAAAAGCAAGGGACCACCAGCAAUCAAUACUAUGAGAGCGGACGAAAAUGACCGAUUGGAUGCUUUGGCACUGUCAUGUAACAAGAAGGAGAAGGCCGGAUGGAAGAAAACGCUGAAAACAAUCCAAGGCAAAAAUCUGUUAAGAUCUAUGAGUAUGAAGCGCUGGCCAGCGCACGGAGAUUGCGAAAAUCGCCUGGAGGUUGCUAUUUCUUCUGAUAGCGACGACACGAUCUUUUCUAACCUAGAAGAUCCCGAGAAGUGGGAUAUCAAGACAUCAUCGAAGUCGAAAACGAUCAACACAAGGAAAGCUCACAGCAAAUCAUUGGCAUCUCCAGCCACCAAGGAAGAAUGCGACAAGAAAUACGAUUUUUUUCACGAAGAUACAGAUAAAUCGCUGGAUACCUUUGAUUCGUUUUGGAACUAUUCUAUGUUUACCUGGAACGAAGAAGUUUGUGCCGAAAACGAAGUCCACAGAAACGAUGGAGAGAAUAAAAAGGUUACUUGCAAGGAUGGCACACAGAACCCCAACCCAAUCGCAGCAAACCAUGGCGCAAGAGAGGACAAUGAAUCUCAAGAGCAGGAAAACGGAGUCAAGUUUGGGUUGGAAACGACUCGAGACGAAUCCAACGUGAGACAUCGAAAAUGGAAGAAUAUAACCUCCUGGAAGAAAUUUGAACCAUUUCGUGUAAGCUCCAAGUUCAACAACGCUACGGGAAAAGAUUCGACCCCUUCCUCGGGACAAAAACUUGGAACAAAUCCAAUUCAGAAAGGCUCGUAUUCAGAACGAGAAGAUAUCUCAGGGCAAGCCUUAGAGAAUCCAGAAAAUUCCGUGGACAAAAUGGAUGUUAUUGAGCGGUCAAACCACCAGAAUAAAAACGAAACACAAGAUCAAGGAAGCACUAAAUUUGCUCUUGAUGACGCCAGAUCAAAAUCGCUUGUAUCUCAAAGAACAGUAAGAAAUCUUCGAAAACGACGAUUGCAGAAAGCUUUGGGACUCACAAGAAGCAACCGAUCAAUCUCCUCCAUGUCGAAGCCAAAACGUCCUUCCUGGAAAAAGAUGUUGAUGGUCUCCAUUCCUUCCACCCGUCGCAUAUCUUCAAGAGAGGUGGCAAUUCCAGCGGAUAUAAUCCACGUGAUCGACAAGUCACAAGAAGUGCAUGAAGUGAAAGAAGAGGAUAUACCUACUCCCGGACCUAUCAUAAGUGAGGAAACUACAGACAAAUCUGGCUUCAAUGAGGAAACUACAGACAAAUCUGGCUUCAGUGAAGAAACCACCGACAAGUCAAAAGAUACGCUUGAUUAUUCAGAAAGCGAUGAUGAUUCAAAAAGCGACAACGAAGAUUCCACCAGUCCAACUUCGAAUAGAAGUAAUGUAAUCACAAUGGCAGACCUUUCGUCUACAUCUGUGAUGGGGCUUCAGCAUUGGGCUUGGAACAUGGGAGGCAAUAAAAACUGUGAUUCAGAUGAGAAGGUCAAUCUUGCAGUUUCUACUUUGAAAGAAGUUGAUGAUAAAGCUUCUUCUUCUAUUGGCACGAAAGACAACCACGAUGCUUGGAUUAUGAAUGAAGACCAACUGGAUUCGUUCGCCGAAGAUGAUGAUAAGGAGGACGAAAAUACGAACGAGGGCAAGGAGCAAAGAGAUGUAGAAGGGGAUACCCAUGAUCUCAUCAACAUUGAAACGAAUUCACCGAAGUCUAAUCUAGAAAGCGAAACAGACGUAACUAAAGAUAAUACUUCACCUCCACAGGCGCAAGACAAUCGAAUUGCAUCUCCCAAGCGCGAGCACUUUCUCGCAGCACAAAAGGCUCUCUCAAAAUCUUUCCGCAAAUCUCUGUCAUCGAUCAAGAAGAAAAAGCCACACUCAAGUGCUGACAUUGCGAGCAAUGUUCUUGUGAACGCCACUGUGACGAUGGACGAAACUCCCGAUCCGCCCAUCGAAACCGUGUUGAUGAAUUCUGCCGUUGAGGAUCGAAACCCAUCCUCUACCAACACUCGGAUUCCAAAACGAUUCGGCGCAAAUCGCGCCAACAAACGAAACAGCCUUGCCAAUAGUGGCGUUGCAUUCUCGAAGGCCAGAAAGUUCUGGAGAGAAAAAACACAAGAGAAAACACGAAAACCGACAGGAAUUGGCAGGAACGACACAGUUCGAACACGAGAUGUGGAAACAGUACACAAAAGCUCAGACGACUCGCACAGUUCCAAAGAUGUCCUGACGAUUGAAAACAAUACGAUUGCCGAGACUAUAAUUUCAUCGCAUUAUGAUCCCGUAAUAUCGCCAAGUAGGGAAAAUUCCUUCCUAGAUGACAUCCGCGACAUCGCAAUGCAUGGACUCCUCGGUGCUGAGUACGACGACUACGACGCGGAUUCACUUGGAACGACUAAUACUUCCUUUUCUUGGGUCAGAGAUGACGAUGAAACUGUUGAAUCGCUGAGAGAUGAUGGUUCACUCCACAAUCAAUCGCAUCAAGUUAUCCGAGAGUGAGACAUGCAUGAAGUUUGAACUGAAAUCGCUGAAAUUUCUUUGAGACAUAAAUUCAUGGUUUAGACACACAUGGAUUAUCAAUGAAGUGUUGAGUUCUGGUACCAUUUCACUAACGUGCGUGAGAUAUGUGCGACACAGCGGCACUGUCGAGCCACAACAACGAAAGUACCUGCAAUAUUUUAAAGACGCAUUCAAGGGAAUGAUGAAUUUUGCAGACAUGACAUUGAGUACACAUUUGCUAUGGCAAUGCGAUCACGUUUGUUCGAGCGGUAUAAAUGAGUUUAAUCUGUUCCAUACUACGCGUGGCUAUGAAUUUAGAUGCAUUGCUCCGGUCCUUGACACUUAUCUCCGCAUUCUAGACAAUAUGAUGGUACCCGGAGAAAAUUCUCGGAGAUAGUUUCAUAUUUGUUCAAGGGCCGGAGCAAUGCACCUGAAUUUUGAAUAACCCUUUUUUACUAUAAUAAGUAAUAUAUGGAUAU